CCAGGCCGCGGGUUCGGAAGGCUUGCUUCCGCCCCCCCCCCCUGCCAGAACGCGUGGACAUUAGUGGCAUUCGGGCCGCGGAUGUCGAUUGCGGCCCGCUCUGGCGUUUCUUGAGAGCGCUGGGAGGUGCCAGAAUGGCGGGCCCUCGCUCCGGCGAUAAAACGCGGGCCCCGGCCCCCUUUGUACGCGGAGAAGGCGAACAACGAGCGGGCGUUCCUAGUCAAAGAACUGGCGGACGAGGCCGCGGGGUUGAGAGCAAAGAUCCACCAAUACAACGCGUCGCUUUGUUGUUCUGUUUUUCGUUCCCCCGCCGUUUCGUUUUGGUGAUCGAUGGACUCAGCGGCCGCCCGCCCCGCCCCGCUCUGGUUCCGUGCCUAGAUGCCGGGGCAUGGCGCCAUUGGGCGGCCUGCCGCAGAUCCCGAC